GUGCAUGUUUUCAGAUCGUAAUGGAAUGCGAAGGCGAGACUGCAGUGCAGCAGCUGUUCCACGGCGCUGGCGUCUUCGUGACGGGGGGCACGGGAUUCCUGGGCAAUGCGCUGCUAGAGAAGCUUCUACGCUCCUGUCCUGGCGUCAGGACCAUAUUCAUCCUCGUGAGGCCCAAGAAGGGCAAGACUCAAGAAGAGCGAUUCUCUGGUCUCUUCGAAGCACCGGUGUUUGAAUCCAUGAAGAAGGCCUGUCCCAACUAUAUGACCAAAGUGAGGGCUGUGGCCGGUGACUGUGGGUUGCCCGGCUUGGGCCUCGGAGAAGCAGAUCGCGAGCUGCUAUGUCAAGAAGUGAGAGUCGUGUUCCAUAUCGCAGCAACUGUCCGGUUUGAUGAAAAGCUGAAGACAGCUGUCCACAUCAAUGUCAGAAGCACGAAGCACCUGCUAGAGCUCGCAAGGCACAUGCCACAUCUCAAGUCGUUCAUCCAUGUAUCAUCUGCCUUUGCACAAUGCCCCAUUAAACACAUUGAGGAGAAGUUCUAUCCAGUGCCUUUGCAGUGUCAAGAAGUAUUACAGCUAGUGGACCUUCUGGAUGAAGAUGUGCUGUCCAUUAUGACUCCAAUGCACAUUUCUACAAACACUUAAAUAACCCCUUCACAAUUACAACGUACAAUGGACUGUAUACCUACCGCAGGAACUUACGACAUGUGCUACAGAAGCAUAAAACCCUUGUGUUUACAUGAAAACCAGUGUAAAAAUAUAUAAACUUGUGGUUUACGUAAGUACAGCAUUCCAAAAUUCUUAGACAUCUAGAGUCAGAUACAUGUAUUUUCUUCACAACCCAGAUAAACUCAGUUGGGUAAUAACAGGAUAAAAUAAUAAAUAUUGUCCUGGAUAAACUCAGGUAAAUAUAGUAUUAUUUAAACAAAAAUCAUCAACCUGAGAUAUCUUGGAAUAUUCAGGGAAGUGAUUAAGCUACAACUACCGGAUAAUAAAAAGGAUGUAAUAUAGAAAUGUUACACAAACAACAUAGGUGUUUUAUGUCAUAAACAGUCUCUUCAUAUACUGAGCCAGUUUUUAAAUAAAGAAAGUAAAGUUUGAA